AUGCCUAACGAAGAUAAAUCUGAAUCAUCUUCCAUCAAGGCCGCCCCAUUCCACCUUGCAUAUUCUGUAUCGAAUCACAUAGAUGGUUCUCCACCACCUGCAUCCACGGCUGAAAACUAUGCGGAUUGGAAAGAGCUCGAUGUACUGGUUCUACAGUGGAUCUACAGUACUAUAUCUGGUGAUCUUCUUGUUCGUGUCCUCGCUUCUGACUCGACAACUAGGGAUGGUUGGGUCAAAUUGGAGAAAAACUUUCUUAGUAACAAGAAGGCCAGUGCUACCGCCUUGGAAACAAAAAUUUGCAUCCUCACCCUUGCUGCAUGCUCGUCUCUAGACGACUACUUUCAACGGCUAAAGGACUUGGCUAAUCAACUAACGGUCGUUGAUCACCUUGUUACCGACCUAUCGACUAGCCAAUCAAGUAUUUCCAUAUACCAUCCCUACACCCAUAUCGACCUAUCGGUUUCUUAA